GCUCUGUCGGUCGCUCCGCCCGUUCCUCCGCAGCCAUGGCCGCCCCGUCGGAUCCCCCCACCGCCGCCACCCCCCCCGCACCGCCGCCCCCCGCCCGCCGCUGCCUCCCCGCUCCCUCCGUGGAGCCGCUGCUCUUCCUCGCCACGCUGGCUCUCGGUUUGCAGGUCCCGCUGGCCACCCAGUACCUAUGGGAUCGGCUGGGGGCCGAGCGCGGCUACGUGGGGCCCAAUGGCAGCAGCCCCCACGGCUGCGGGAACGGCAGCGGAGCCGUCGAUCCGCUGCGGGAGGAGGUGGAAGCGUUGGUCGCCCAUUGGAACCUCUGCAUCAAUCUGGGGGGUUUCUUCGUGGGGCUCUUCUCGGUGACGCUCUUCGGGCCCUGGAGUGACAGCGUGGGCCGGCGGCCGGUGCUGGUGCUGCCGGCGGUGGGCAUGGCGGUGCAGGCGGUUGUGUACCUCCUCGUCAUGUACCUGCGGCUGCACGUCGCCUACCUGCUCCUGGGGCGCAUCAUCAGCGGUCUGCUGGGGGACUACAACCUGAUCCUGGCCGGCUGCUUCGCUUCCGUGGCCGAUAGCAGCAACCAACGCACGCGCACCUUCCGCGUGGCCAUCCUCGAGGCCUGCCUUGGCGUGGCGGGGAUGGUGGCCAGCGUUGGCGGUGGCCAAUGGCGCAAAGCUGAGGGUUAUAUCAACCCCUUCUGGCUGGUGCUGGCCGCCAGCCUCGCUGCUGCCCUCUAUGCUGCUUUGUGUCUGCAGGAAACGGUGAAGCAGCGGAGAGCGGCCAAGCUGUUGACUCUCCAACACUACAAGGCUGUCUAUAAGCUGUACACGGCCCCGGAAGACUUGAGCUCCAGGAGGAAGCUUGCCCUUUACUCCUUGGCUUUCUUUCUUCUUGUCACUGUGCAUUUUGGAACCAAGGACCUCUAUGUUUUGUAUGAACUCGGCUCCCCACUCUGCUGGGCCUCAGAUCUCAUUGGGUACGGCUCAGCUGCCAGCUAUCUGGCAUACCUGAGCAGCCUUGGGGGACUGCGGCUGCUGCAGCUCUGCCUGGAGGACACCUGGGUGGCAGAGAUAGGACUCAUCUCCAAUAUUGCUGGGCUGGUGGUGAUUUCUCUUGCUACUACAACACCACUGAUGUUUACAGGUUACGGGAUUAUGUUCCUGUCCAUGGCAGCUACUCCAGUUAUCAGAGCCAAGCUCUCCAAGCUGGUCAGUGAGACGGAGCAGGGUGCACUCUUCGCCUCUGUUGCCUGUGUGGAAGGGCUGUGCUCACUUGUGGCUACGGGGGUGUUCAACUCCCUCUACCCUUCCACCUUGCACUUCAUGAGGGGAUUCCCCUUUCUCUUUGGGGCCAUCCUUCUCCUUAUUCCAGCAGCUAUCAUGGGGUGGAUAGAAAUCCAGGACUCCAACCUUCAGUACAGCCACUUCUCAGAUGCUUCCUCGUCCCCUGCAGAUGGCUGAGCAGCAGCUUAGCAACGAGGAAUUGGCCAUUCUGGCAGUGUCUGUCCAUAGACUGCUUUUUGUUCUUCACUUGUAGAACAGAUCAGUGUAUGAGGGACACCUUGGUUGUCCUCACUGAUUUUUAAAUGCCUGAAAGUUGGAAGUCAUGGCUCUGAGUGCCAGGGAAAGCUUGAUGUGCAGAUGUGAAUAUCUCCUUGCUCAUCACAGAGAGAACCCAAGGGACUACUCAAAAGCCAAUCAAGAUUAAAAGCAAUUGGUAGUCAUUUGCAAGGCCAGUAGUGGUUGGGUUGGGUUUGUCUGGAUUGAGUUUGGUUGGGUUGGUUGAGUUUGAUUGGUUGGGUUGUGUUGGGUUUGUUUGGGUUGAAAUUGCUUGGUUGGGUUUAAUUGGGUUGGGUUGGGUUGAGUUGGGUUUGUUUGGGUUGAAAUUGAUUGGUUGGGUUUAAUUAGUUUGGGUUGGGUUGAGUUUGGUUCAUAAGGUGAGGGUGGGGAUGGAUAACGAGAGGGAGAGAGAGAGUUGAAUUCUGGCUUAAUUGGUACUCUCCUCUGAGUACUACAGUGUGCAGCAGUUGGUGUGGGUGAAGACCAGACCAGAGCCUGCAGGGUGAGGUAGCCUGGCAGUGUUCUCCUGAGAAAAACAUCUGUGCUCCAAAUCAGUGUGUUGUGGUUAAAAGUCAUGUUCCAGGCCAGUAAUUUUCAAUGGGAGUUUUACUGCUAGAAGUGCUUGUUGCUAUGAGUGCCAGUGGCAUGUCCGUCUGUCUACAACUCACACCAGCUCAGGUUGGAUAUUAGGAAAAAAAUAUUCUCUGCAAGUGUGGUGAUGCAGUGGCACAGCUGCUCAGGGAGGUGGGGCAGUCCCCAUCCUGGAGGUGUUCAGGUGCCGUAGAGAUGUGGCACUGAGGGAUGUGGUCAGUGGGCAUGGUGGGGUGGGUUGGGGAUCAGGGAGCCCUUUUCCAACCUGAAUGAUUCUGUCAUUCUGUGACUGUGAAAUCAAAUCGCAGAGCCAGAAGCAGUUCUUCCUCAUCAGCCCAUGAUGUGUUGGGUUGAGUUGCUAAGGGAACGGUAUAAAUGUCUUUGGAAGUAAAAGUUCUUUUGUUUAAGGGGCAUGAUUUUUUGCCAGUGACUUCAUGUCUGCCCUUCUCAGGACACGUUGAUGCCAACAAGCAAACCUCCACAUUUGUGGUAUUUGUAAUUGUUCUUUUCAAAGCAUUAACUAUAUUGCUUCAGUCCUAUUUUCUUCACACUGCCAUAAACCAGCAGUUCAUUGUACACUGCAUUGAACACAGAGUUCAGAUGUCUGCAAUAAUGUGAAAUUGCUUAGCAGUCAGAUUACCUUCAGAGUGAAUAAAAACCCAGUUUUCUUUUA